AUGCAGUGCGGCAGUGGUCAGUCCGAAACUUCAGCCGCCCUCGUGCAUCCCCCCACCAUGGUCUCUACUGUGUACGACUCUGUGAUCGCCACUGCGGACGAGGUCCAAGUCAAGUUGAUGGAAGAAAUGGUCAUCCAAGUCGACGAGAAAGACAACGUCGUGGGUCCCAUCUCGAAGAAGGAGUCGCACUUCAAGGACGGCGUGCUGCACCGCGCGUUCAGCGUGUUCCUUUUCAACUCGGACAACCAACUGCUCAUCCAAAAGCGUGCGGCGGAGAAGAUCACGUUCCCCAACUUCUGGGCGAAUACUUGCUGCAGCCAUCCGUUGUACUUUCCUGAAGAACUGGAAGAAGACAAGCACUUGGGGGUCAAGCGCGCUGCGAUCCGCAAGCUCGAGCAAGAACUGGGUAUCAAGACCGACACGUUCGAGCCGGAACAGUUCAAGUUCGUCACCAAGGUGCUGUACCGCGCCCCGUACGACGACAACUGGAGCGAAUACGAAGUAGACCAUAUCCUUCUCGUGCGCGCCAACGUCAAGUACGACCUCAACGACAACGAAGUCGCGGAAGUGCGCUACGUGGCCCGCGACGAGCUCAAAGACGUGUUGAACGACUCGAGUCUGCUCAUUUCCCCGUGGUUCCGUCUCAUUUCCGAAGGUCUGUUGCCGCAAUGGUGGGACGACCUGGACAACGUGUUGGCCAAGGACAACGAAACCGUCGUUAUCAACAACUACAUCAACUAACCGACCCGUGUUAUACAAUGUCGUGUUAAUCCGUCAGGUCGGGUAUGCCUGUGACGGUGUUUGCAGUCCAACUAGUAUUAGUAUUGUGGUUAGUAGUCUGCGACAACGUCAUAAUAUGACGUUGCGUUGCAGCGAAAAGUCAAUAUGACUCAAGUUGACUUUGAAACAUUGUGACAUGUCAUCAUGUUGCCUUUCCACA